UGAAACAUGUGUUGAAACACUCCCUGUUUCCAGGCGUUUUUGGACGGAGAGCGAGCUAACACGUAUUUGAUGAGGGAUAUUAGGGAUGAACUCUUACAUGGUGCUGCUUUUGAGAUAACUGGUCAUUAUCAUGAAUCAGUUGCGGAUCUUGUUAGUUUGGCAAAGAAAACGGACUCUUCACUUCAGAGAAUUCGUCAGGGUGCACAAAGGCGAGGUGGAGCAAGCUCUGAUGUCUCUGAAAAUAAUGUGUCCAAUACUGAUAAGAUCUGUAUGCAAUUAUUUCUUGAUAUUCAGGUUAGCCUCAUCCUCGUACAAAUCUUAGUGUGUGGCUGUGUGUGGAUGCACAUUCCUGUUUGUGUUUUUGUGUUCAAGUCUUGGAGUCAUCAAUGGGUGGUUGAUUGGAAGAUUUUUCACAGUUGUGAUUUUAUUUUCUGCUUUUUUUUUUUUAAGAAGGAACUGCGAAAACCUGGGAAGGCCUCAAACAACGAAGCAGAAUAUGAAGCACUGAUAGCAGGAUUAAAGUUGGUAGCAGCAAUGAAAGCCGACAAGGUAAUGGUCUUCUGUGACUCCUAG